GUGAACUAAACAUGGCUGUUGAUGUAUUCGUCGUGAGCUUCAUCUUAGUUUCUCCGUUCAUACCUCUCGUUUAUCUGAUCGUUCCACCAAAGACACCGGUUUUAUCCGGAUUUGAACCUGUUGCUAUCGGCUCCUACCGUGAACUCGUCUGCGAUGCGUCUCAACCUGAUACCGCGACCAUCACCUAUAGAUGGUAUAAAUACACGAUUGUUCAUGGUGUAGAAAAUUGGGAAAGUAAAGGACCCAUUGGUGCAGGACAGAAGUACGUCUUCAAUCUAGUGACUGAGAAGCAAGUGUUCCACACAGGUAACCCUGCAGAGCCUGUCAGUGGGAAGUACAAGUGUCUAGCAUCGAACUCGGCCGGAACAAGAGACAGCGAAUGGGGAGAUCUGUAUGUCUAUACACCAUGUUCCUUGUAUGCUGUGAGUGUUUCACCACCGAAACCGGCUAUCGGAAGCACAUUCACCCUCAACUGUUACAUACCCAAUCCAAGCGGGUUUACUGUGAAGUGGUUAAAGAGGGCGGAUGCUUCAUCUACUGCUUCAGAUGUAGCUUCAGCAUAUAGGAGGGGAUGCUCUGCUCCUGAUAACCCACGCUACAGUUGGAGCAGCUGCAGUCCACCAAGCUUCUCAUCACCAACAAAGACAUUCAAUCUACAAGUCACCAAUGCUCAGCCUUCUGAUUCUGCUUACUGGAUUUGUCAGGAUAUUGGUCUAAGCUGCAACAGUAACCCAGUCAAGCCAGUGGUGCAAGCGCACCCAGGCACGCCACAGAUCACCGGUUUCCCAUCAGGACCAGUCAUUGCUGGAACACAGCUCAACUUGAAGUGUGUGGCCUUGCCUCCUGGAGAUACCUACGAUUGGUACAAAGAUGGUACAAAGGUUACAACAUCAUCGAGUUGUGACUUCCAAGUGACGAAGGAGAGUGCUGGUGUCUACAAGUGUUUGGCGAGAAAUGAUGUCGGAUCUGCUCCAAGUAGUGACAAGACAUUAGUCGUUUAUUACAAACCUGAUUCCGUGGUCGUGUCAUCAGGAAAGACCUCGUCCUAUGCUGGGGAGAAGGACAAGUUCACCUGCACAGUCUCUGGCGGCAACCCGACCCCGACCGUGAAGAUCUACUUAAAGAGGUCAGGCGGAGCACUAGUAGAGGUCACCCAAGGUCAAGACAGGGUGAUGGCUAAAGAAGACAACCAGGCUGAGUACUACUGCGAGGCGAAGGUCACUGGGUAUCCCGCCUUCGAUAUGACUUCAAGCAGGAAGACAUACAACGUAACAUUUUCAAACUACAAGGUUUUAUUUCUAAAUAACCCGACCGCUGCUGUCCAGGUUGGUCAGGUAAAGAAGUUCACAUGUGAGACGGAUGAGAGUAACCCAGUUACCUACAUCAAGUGGUAUCACUAUAUUGGUUCUUCAUGGCAAGAUGUUACAGUCCGAAUCUCAUCAUCCGAGAGGAAUGGUGUGUAUGGUGGAAAGAUGAGGAUCAGUGAGUGGUCUGUUACUGCAACAAAGGCAAUGAAUGGUGCAACUCUAAGAUGUAAGUCCACCUACUCCCUGAUUGGUCAUGACUUUACUACAGAUGCCGAUACAACAAUGUAUGUAAAAUAUAAACCUGAUUCCGUGGUCGUGUCAUCUGCAAAGACCUCAUCCUAUGUUGGAGAGAAGGACAAGUUCACCUGCAGAGUCUCUGGCGGCAACCCCACCCCGACCGUGAAGCUCUAUUUCAAGAGGUCAGACGGAACACCAGUAGAGGUCAUCCAAGGUCAAGACAGGGUGAUGGCUAAAGAAGACAAUCAGGCUGAGUACUACUGCGAGGCGAAGGUCACUGGGUAUCCCGCCUUCGAUAUGACUUCAAGCAGGAAGACAUACAACGUAACAUUUUCAAACACCAAGGUUUCCUUUCUCAAUCACCCGACCGCUGCUGUCCAGGCUGGUCAGGUAAAGAAGUUCACAUGUGAGACGGAUGAGAGUAACCCAGUUACCGACAUCAAGUGGUAUCAACAUAGUACUGGUUCUUCGUGGCGAAAUGUCACAACCGGAAUCUCAUCAUCCGAGAGGAAUGUUGUGUAUGGUGGAAAGAUCAGGAUCAGUGAGUGGUCUGUAACUGCAACAAAGGCAAUGAAUGGUGAAACUGUAAGAUGUGCGUCCAUCUACUCCCUGACUGGUCAUGACUUAAUGACAAAGGCCGAUACCACAAUGUAUGUAAAAUUUAACCCAUCAAAGAUAACUUUGCUACAAAUACCACCGAGAGUGAUCUACAAGGGGAAACUGAUCACGAUCAUAUGUGAGACAAACAGCGCCAACCCGGUUGCGAAUGUAACGUUCCACCGGAAGAGGACAGGAGGAACCUGGGAGCAACUGACGUCGGGGAUAACAUCUGAAGACAGGGCGGCAGAAUACAAUGGCAGGAUUCGGAAGAGUACUUUGGUUGUGACAGCCAAUAGGUUGGACACACAGACUGUGUUCAAAUGCGAGGUUCGUGAUGGGUCAUUCCAGAUGGAACAGACAACUACAGUUAAUGUAUAUUACCCAGCAAACGUCGUAUUAUCAUUAGCCUCGACUACAGUGAAAGAAGGCAAUACUGUCACAUUGACAUGUGAAGCAAGAGGGGGUAACCCGACAUCGUACACCUACAUAUGGUAUUAUAACUGGAUACAAAUACCGAAUAUGACUUCAAGACAAUACAGAAUAUCAUCAAUACAGUACAACAGGAGUGGAGAGUAUCGCUGUCGUGCGGUCAACUAUUCUCCAGGCGGCAUAGCUGAUGCAAUAUUAAAAUUGGAUGUUUUAUACAAAGCAAAAUGGGAUCCCAAACUGCCGAGACUCCUCACCGUUGCGAGCAAACCAUUACGACCAGUCAGGUUUACACUCCAUGUCAUCGCCAACCCUCGACCAACGAAUGUUACGUGGUAUCACCCAAAUCACAAGAUGGCAACUGGGGAAAACUUCAUCCCCGGGGAAGAAAGUGGGACAUACACACUGAGCAAAGGAUCUGUAGGGACUCCAGACUACGGAAACUACACCGUCAAAGUGACUAAUUCUGUUGGAAUGACAUCUUUUGUUUUUGAGCUGCUACGGCCAGGUCCGCCACGCACUCCCUGCUGUAUGAAGUCCCACCGAGUUACAUCAGUAUCAGUGACAUUGAUCUUUAAGAGUAACUUCAAUGGCGGAUCACAACAGCAGUUCACCAUCGAGAGCAAAAACGGAAGCACCAUCGACAGAUACAUCAAUAUAGCAGACCCGGGCUUUGCGAAAGAUGUAGUGAGAAAAAUAGCAGGACUGAAGAGCAAUUCGAUGUAUGAAUUCCGGGUGAAAGCGGACAACGAAUAUGGUAGCAGUGGCUAUGGGGGCGUACUUACAGUACACACACCAGCUGCUCCAAGUAUCCCCACAUUUACGAUCACUCGGAAAGGACUAUCGUUGACCGUGGUGUUCUCGGCGUCUAUGACAGGGCCCUUCACCAAGUUUGAACUCAAGUUCUGUGGGCCGGGGCGGACGCCAAAAACGACAGGAUGCACUGGAUCUUUCGUCCCUAUCCAAGAUUCUGCAAAAACAAAUUACACAAUUCAUGUGACACAUGCGACAACGACUUAUGUCUUCUAUUUGGAUUUUUAUGAUGGGGAUGAUGUUGUUUAUAGUUCAGGUCCUGUGCACCCUGAGAAUGCUGGACGAACAACCACCGUGUCUGCUGGAAGUAGUCCUGUGGUCCCUGAGAAUGCUGGACAACCAACUACCGUGCCUGUUGGAAGUAGUCCUGAUGAUGGCAUGAUAGCUGGUGUGGUUGUUGCCGUCGUCAUAGUUGUAGCUGUGGUCGUGGUCGUGGUUGUCGUUCUACAUAGGAGGAAUAUGGCAUGCUUCGCUGGGCGAAAUAAACCUGAAGGAUCUAAUCGGGGCGAUGAGAGAAUUGGCACUCCGCAACCUGAAUCCGUUUUUCACGUCAACAGGGCAUUUGAAGGUGACGAUACUCAACCUGAGUCGGUUUAUGUGAAUGAUCCUAAACAGGAUUUUGUUAAAGGAAAGUAUCUACCUUUUUUACCAUGUACUAGUACCGGACGUACGACAUAUCCGCCUUAACACACGCACUCUCUUCGUCCGCCCGCCAAUUUCAACCGAUUUUUACUUCAUUUAAUGAUUUUGCACACGCUUUUUCAAAGGGUGUUAUUACAAAGUACAAAACUGAGACUAACGGGUUUCCAGUAUCCGGUAUUUAAAACUAACGCCUUUUGGUUAAUAUUGUUUCAGAAGUGAUCUACGAUGAUGUGAAUCUGACCGGGAAGCCAAGUGGCGAAGAUGCUGCUCGGAAAGUCGAAGAUAUGUCAGUCAAAGAUUUCAAACAGUGGCUCCUAUCAAAAUAUGUGACAGAAUCAACUUACGAACGACUAGCUAAGAACGGGUUCAACGAAGCAAGGUUCUUCGUCAUAUUACAAAGAGAAGACGACAUCAAGGAGAUGCAUAUCAAGCCCUUGGCUCAGGAGGCCUUGAUACGCAAAUUGGUGAAGGAUAUCAAUGAGACCAGGCAGAGUACGAGUGAGAGCAGCGAAGGAAAGAAACCUGGAGGUCCCACAGCUGGAGAAGAAAAUCCGUAUGAUGAAAUGGAAAAUCAAUAUGCCACCUUGGACAUCAAGCCUGAUGUGACCGCCAACCAGACGUAUGCUGAAUUGAAGCCAUUAGCAUGAAGCCAGAAAAUGGAGAAGUUAAGCGGUCACUAUGAAGCGGUUUGUGUCGGUCACACAGAAAAUAGAAAAAAAGCCUUCUGUUACCAUGAUUCAAGAGGUCAGCAAAAGUGCUUCCCCAGCAGAUAACUCUCAGAUGAUAUAUUUUUCCUGGGAUGUAGACCUGUAUACAUUGUUCCUGUUCCUACUUCAUCAGCAUGGUGUAUGGACAUUAAGAAGCAUGACAUAUAAUCAUACUCAAGCCAAAAAAAUCGAACUCUGUGUCUUGAAGUGGACAAACAUGGCUCAUUAUGUCUUCCCUUCUUUCAAUUGGCUUCAACUGAAAAUGUAGUAUACCAGGACUUCGAGCAGCUUACAGCAGAUGAUCAUGAGGUCGUCGCAAAAACACCUUCGGUAUUCAAAGGAAUGCAAUCCAUUUGCAGACACAUACAUACUGCUUCAUGUUUGUUCUCCCCCUUUUGUUUCGUUUAGGAAUACGCAUUAUUCAAAAUACGAAAUGUGGACAUAGUGUAAAUAUUUAUCAAAUAGAACCUCUCUAUUAAGGACACUGUUGGGACUGAGAAAUACUGUCCUUAAUAGAGAGGUGUCCGGAUAAGAGAGGUCAAAUUGAAUUGUAGCAACCAAUUUGGGACUUAAACUAGUGUCCAUAAUAGAGAGGUUGUCCUUAAUAGAGAGAUGUCCACUAAGGAAAGUUCCACUCUACUAAGAUAGCACUGAGUAAUUGGUAUGUUAACCAAUACGUUUUCCCAUUCAGUAUAUCUAUUUACAUAUUCAAGAAAAAUCGUGUUCAAAAUAAUCAUUAGUUGUGUAUACUUGUCAUCUAUAGUAGUGAAUAAAACUUGUGUGUACAUUAAUUAGGCAAACUCUAAUAUUCAUAUAACUUGAUUUGUUUUAUAUGUUUGCAUAUGUAAAAUGUAUGUCUCGUGCACACUGAUGUACACAAAACUCUCUUAUUUGGAGGAAAUAAACAACCUAACUACACUUGAGCAAUGAAAGCAUAUAUUCAACACAUGAU